UCGUUUUCCCUAUCUGCAAAUAAUCUUCAUCUCUCUCUCUCAUGGGUUUUUCCUUUCUCCCAAUUUCCUCCCGAGCUUUACUCUGCAAACCCACACCCUUCGCCUCUCUCCACUCUUCACACCAUUCAUCGUUCUUCAAAGUUCAUUUUGAAUCAUCUUCUUCUUCGGCGAAUCCUAGUUCUUUCGCCAUUUAUGCAACUUGUUUUGGUGGAGCUUUUGGUCCGAGACCUCGCAGAUUUCGUAGGGGCCGUGUUUUAGCUAUGUCUUCGCCUAAUUCCGUCCAGAAAUCGGAGGAGGAGUGGCGAGCCAUUCUCUCGCCGGAGCAGUUUCGAAUUCUCCGACAGAAAGGGACGGAGUAUCCUGGAACUGGCAAAUAUGACAAAUUCUAUGGCGAGGGAGUUUAUCACUGUGCAGGAUGUGAGGCGCCUCUUUAUAUGUCGAACACAAAAUUCUUUUCUGGUUGUGGCUGGCCAGCUUUCUUCGACGGUAUUCCUGGAGCCAUUAAACGCACCCCUGACCCUGAUGGGAUGAGGACUGAAAUCACAUGUGCCGCUUGUGGUGGUCAUCUGGGUCAUGUCUUCAGAGGAGAAGGCUUUCGAACACCCACAAAUGAGCGCCAUUGUGUCAAUAGUAUUUCACUCAAAUUUUCACCCUCUCCAUGAUUUCUCUCUGUUUCUGUUUCUCUGAAUCUUGUGAUUAUAUUUCUAACCUUAAUAAGUUGUCAAAUAUUACUACUUUACAACUCAAGAACACAGUUGUACAUCCUAGAUCGAACAAAUCAUGUAUAUGUAAAUUUCUUCUGUCUCUUCUAUUCUCUGUUGAGCAACAUA